AUGAUGAACUGCUGUGGUCUGCUAACUGUCCAAAAGGAACCAGUUCCUCUGAAGAACAUUGAGGUGGAGCUUGAGGUGAGGGACCAUGUGGCUACAGUGGUCUCCACUCUGAACUAUGAGAACAAGGAGGACAAACCAUUAGAGGCUGUUUUUGUCUUCCCUCUGCCUGGAGAUGCUGCUGUCUGUCGUUUCAGUGCCCAGGUUGGACAGACACAGAUUGUAGCUGAGGUGAAGGAGAAACAGAAGGCUCGUGAGGAGUAUGAUGAUGCUCUGAGCUCCGGUCAGCAGGCCUGCCUAUUGGAGGAAAGUGAUCAGAGUCCAGAUAUAUUCUCUCUGAGUGUGGGCAGUCUGCCUCCAGGAGAGAGCGCCUCCAUCAGGUUGGAGUACGUCACUGAGCUGGCUGUACAGGCUGAUGAUGGUCUGAGGUUCUGUCUGCCUGCUGUGCUCAGCCCUCGAUAUCAACCUCAGGAUAGUGAAGGUGCAGGUGUCCAGGUGACUUCUGCUCCAGCCUCUCUGGUGCCCUACAGUCUGUCUUUUUCCGCCCGAGUGUCCUCUCCUUGUCCAGUCUCUAAAGUAGAGUCCAACUGUUCCCUGGACCCUCUGCAGUACCUCAACACUGAUCAAACCCAGGCCACGGUCAAGCUGGCUGCAGGACACAAGUUUGACAGAGAUGUUGAACUGCUGAUUUAUUACAAAGACGCCCACCAGCCCACUGCUGUGGUGGAGGCAGGACAGGCCUCUGCUGAGGCAGACUCUCUGAUGGGUGACCCAAUGGUGAUGGUGAGUCUGUACCCUGAGUUCACCCAGUCUGUUAUGUCUUCAAUGGCUUCAUGUGGAGAGUUUGUGUUCUUAGUGGAUCGAUCUGGAAGUAUGGACUAUGCUACCAAUAACAGUGAGCAGUGGGAAUCUCGGAUCAGCAGUGCCAGGGAUACUCUGCUCCUCCUGUUGAAGAGCUUACCAAUGGGCUGCUAUUUCAACAUUUACAGUUUUGGGUCCAGUUAUGAACACAUCUUCUCUAAGAGUGUGGAGUACAGCCAGAAGACCAUGGAGGAGGCUCUGAAGAAAGUUGAGCAGAUGGAGGCUGAUCUUGGAGGAACGGAGAUCCUGAAGCCCCUCAAACACAUUUACAGCCAACCCUGCAUUCAAAAUCAGCCUAGACAGCUGUUUGUCUUUACUGAUGGAGAGGUUGAGAACACCAAAGAAGUGAUCGAUCUGGUGAAGAAGAACUCAGGCUCAGACAGGUAUUUCUCUUUUGGGAUUGGCGAAGGGGCCAGCUCUGCUCUCAUCAAGGGGAUGGCCAAGGAAGGAGGAGGUCAUGCUCAGUUCAUCACAGGGACUGACAGGAUGCAACCAAAAGUGAUGCAGUCACUGCGAUUUGCUCUGCAGCCAGCUGUGGUCGACAUCUCAGUCACAUGCGAUUUACCAAAGGAAGUGUCUGUCACUGUCCUCUCUCCGGGUCAGAGGUCACUGAUUUAUGCCCAGCUCACUGGACAGAGCUCAGAGGCAGCAGAGGGCUGUGUGACGCUGAAGUACAGCCUGGCAGGUCAUCCCUCUGAGAACCAGCUGCACUUCAGUCUCAGACCUGCAGAGGACACUGGACUAACAGUCCACAGGUUGGGUGCUCGGACUCUGAUUUGUUCCCUGGAGAUGGAGGAGAGAGAGCACAGAGGACAGCAAGAUGGAGGCGUGAAGGAGAAGGUGGUGCAGCUCAGUGUCCAAUCAGAAGUGAGCAGUUCUUUCACUGCCUUCAUUGCUGUCAACAAAGACGAUGGAGAGGCGAUCCAAGGACCUCUUGUGCAGAGAAAUAUUCCAACAGCCCAUUUUCCAGCUGCUGAGCCCGAACAGCCACCCAGAGACCCUUUGCUGCAGUUAGUCUCCCUGCAGGAGGCGUCUGGCUGCUGGCUGCUUGAUCCAGCUCUGGCUGCUGCACUGGGAAAGACCAACGAGGAGGUGGAAAAGUCAAAGCCUGAAAAGGCCAGCAGUGAAGUGUGGGCCACCAUCCUGGCUCUGAUCUGGCUUCAUGGUUUCAAGAUGGAUGCAAAGGACGAGUGGGAGCUUCUGGCUGUGAAGGCUGCCUCAUGGCUCCAAGCUCACAAAGCAAUGUGUGUGUCAGAGUGUGUGGAUGCUGGAAAUGUCCUGCUGGGUUGCAGCGUGAAGAAAGAAGCUCUGGGACUCUGAGGGUUUUCU